AUGGGCAGUAGUCAGUCCAUGAAGAGAGAGGGGGAACCAGCCCUCUUCAGGGUAAGGACAGCUGCACAACUGAUGAAGGAGAGUUUGGGGGGGAAGUCUACAGAACCCCUCAAAAGGUGGAAUAAAUGGUCGAAGGGUACCAGAUGGGAAAUUCCCCGGGAAGGUACAUUUGACGCAUGGAGGUGGGAAAAAUUCAUCUCUGAAUUUGAACCACGGAUGCAGGCGUCAGAACUAGGGAUCGCACAGCUAUGGCUUCAAAAGUCAAUCCGAUUAGGGAAGCAGGGCAUACAUAAACUGGUGUCUGUCCGGAAGAACCAGGUGAUGUAUACCUGGCCUCCAGAGGGAAUAAAACAGGAGGAU